ACGGCGGCGCUGGAGCGGCGGAGCGACAUGUUCCGGGCCCCGGAGAGCGCGGGCGGUGCUGCGGGCUCCAGACCCACGCCGCCCUCAGGAGAAGAGAGUGGCCCAUUUGGAAGCGCAGCAGAAGCCACACCAGCAAGUCGGCCCAACAGGAUGGCCUCGAAUAUCUUUGGGCCCACUGAGGAACCUCAGAGCCUCCCGAAGAGGACCAACCCACCAGGAGGGAAAGGAAGUGGCAUCUUUGAGGCUCCAGCACCCCUGCAGCCUCGACAGCGCUUGAACCCACCAGGGGGCAAGACCAGCAACAUCUUUGGGUCCCCCGUGGCUGCUGCUGUGCCCUUGGCACACCCAAACAAACCCAAGGACCAUGCGUUCAUGUGUGAAGGUGGUGAUCCGGAUCCAGAGCCAACAGCUGCUGCCAAUUUGGCCCCUGGAGAAGCGCCUGGUCAGGCAACAGACAACAGCAACACUGCACCCAUGCCUGAACUCGACAGCCACGAGCCCAGGCUGGGGCCCCGGCCACGCUCCCAUAACAAAGUUCUCAAUCCACCUGGAGGCAAAUCCAGCAUCUCCUUCUACUGAGGCCAGAAGCCCAUGCCCUUUCCCCUGAGCCCAGACCUCACCUUCCAGAUGCCAGUGCCCCUGCUGUCAUCAUUGGGGGCUCAACCUCAUUAUAGAUGCUGAAGCCCAUUGGCUUCCCUGGUCUCCACCUCUCUGCAGGCCCCAGCGUGAAGACCAGGGCGGGUGUGGGUAGGGGCCAGAGCAGGCCAAAGGCAGGAUACUGGGAGUCUCUGGGACGGCCCCCAGAGCCCGUGCUAGCUGCUGACCUCUGCAUGCUGUUCUGAGACACGGCCACUUGCUCCAUCUCUCUUCCUUUCCACCACAGCUGUUCACAGAAGCCUGGCUGCUGGUCUCCUGGCCCGGUGCUGGCAGAGGCCACCCUCUUUCCCAAGUGCUCCUGCCACCCAGAAGUGUGGCUAAGCUCCCCGCAGGCUGGUUCUCCUCUUCAAUGGUGGGAAGAAGCCAUCCUCUGUGAAUUGAACCCUCAAGGACCCUCACUGUGGGCUCAGGUGUCUCACCUUUCUAGAAAACCCCCUAGCUCAGGUACGCAGAGAAGGGGAGGUUUGCUCAGGGUGCCCUGGGCCAUAGUCAGUGGGCCCCCACCCAGGAGGCCACAGCCAGUAGACAGAGGCCUCCACCAGCCGACUCCAGGAUUGCUGCUGGCAGAGCAGGGUUGCUUUCAUCUUCCAAAAGUGCCUCCUGUUGUGCUUCCCAGCACUCCCAAAGGCGGUCUGGUGGCCUGGCCGCUGAAAUGGAGUUCUCAAGCCAUAGCCCGACCCACCAUCAAGCCUGGUACAGUUGGAGCUGCACCCACUGGCAGCCUGUCUUCCCUGCUCUGACGAGUCACGUGUUCCAAGUGACUUCCAGGUGCUUCUGUUUUCGUCCAGAGCAUUUCCCCCCUUAUAUGUGUCUGAGGCCACCACACACUAGUUUCACUGACAGUGACAUGGUGAUGCAGCCGCAAGCUAUUGAUUCAAACUUUUCUUUCUCUUUUGAUUUGUUUUUGUUUGGGGACUAGUGGUGCCCAGGGGUUACUCCUGGCUCUGCAUCAGGAAUUACUCCUGGCAGUGCUUGGGUGACCAUAUGUGAACCCAGGUUGGCCAUGCUGCAAGGCUACUGUCCUUACCCACUAUGCUAUCGUUCCGGCCCAUAACUUUUUUUUAAACACAACACAAUGAUUAGGGGGUUCCACAUUGAUCAUCAAGACUCCUAACUCCUGCUGGCCUUAUGGCUCCCCUGCCCCCCAAAACAUCCCCCCCACACACACACACAUACACAUUUAUUUUUCCAGUUAAAUGAGAAAGAGUUGGCUCUGUGCACUGGUAGGGGUAGUUGUGCAGAUGGGGUUUGGAGAGGGAAUGAAGAAGGCCUGAGCUGGAGCCAGUGGCCAGCGGCCACUGCUGGGAACCCUGUUCUGUCACCAGCGCAUCAACCUUGUUGCUCCUUGUUUUUAAUUAAGCCUUAACACGUGUUUAUAGAUUUGGUGCCAACUCGUUAAGAACUAUACCAAAAACAAACCUGUACUCAAAUCAGUAUAAUUUUGAUAGAAACAUCUUAUUUUUACAUUUUGUAAGCGUUGACUUUUUACAUGGCAUAAUUGGGUGGAACACUUGAAAUAAACGUUGCAGUGCAUCCUGGCUGCCUGGUCCAUGUG